AUGCUUGAGUUGUCCAAGGCAUCCUUUAUGUUGUUGUUGAGGUCAUCGUCCAUGUCGUCGUCCUGCUCCUUCUGCUUGAGUUUGACACUGAUUCUGGCCACAGAGCCCGACAGCAGUCAUGACGAGCCCAACCAUGACGGAGGGACGCCAACCAGUGUGAGACAUAGCCAGAGACUUGUCUUGUCUCAGCAGUGCUGUUUGUAG